GGGAGGGAGGACACGCAACAGACAGAUAGGGAGCGAGGCAAAUUUUACCUCGUCGUCCCUCUUCCCUCGGCAAGGCGUCAAGCAGUCAGCCAGCCAGCCAACCCGCAUCGUACUCUUGCAUACAUGAGAUAGUUUGCCUUUUUUGAGGGCCCGUUUAUUUGUGCCAACACGGAAGAAACGCAGAACCCCGAAAAAGCGUAAAAGCCAAAAAAAAGGGAGCCAUGUCGACGGCGGCUCCCCGCACCAUCCUGCGCGCCGCGCUCCGCGCCGCGGCCCGCCGGCCUCAGCACCCGCGGGCCCGGCUGCCCGCGGCGCGGCGGGGGUACGCUGGCGCGGGCGGCGGCCACGCGGGCGGCGCGGAGAAGUCGAGCGAUCUGCCCUGGCUCAUCGGCUCGAUCGCCGUCACCGUGCCGGGGCUGACGUGGCUGCUGUCAUCGGGGCCGGCCAAGGGGCCCGCGCACGGGCACGGGCACGCGAAGGAGGAGGAGCACGAGAAGGGCGCCGAAGAGGAGUCUAGCGACACACCGCAGCCCGAGGGCGCAGAGGAAGCAGCGGCGCAGGCCGAGAGCCGGGAGGGGGACGGGGCGAAGGAGGAGGAAGGGGAGGGCGGAAAGAAAGAGGAACAGGAGAAGACGACGGGCGGUGCGGGAGAGAAGAAGGCGGACGCGCAGGAUGGCAAGGCAGACGGGGACGGCAAGGCCGGGGGCUCUGCGUAGGGGGCAGCCGGGCGCGGAGACGCCCCUCGGGCGUCAGAUCCGCGCACGUACGAGUAGAAUCCUGCCCUCGCCCCCCCGGGACCCGGACGUGAGCGUGGGCGCGGCGGCGAGCUGUACGAUCGGC